CGACGAAGACGAAGACGAAGACGACGACGACGAGGAUGACGAGAACGACGUUGAUCUCCGUGGAAAUGAAAGCAGCCACGAAGGAUACGUUGGACCAGUGGGCGGGAAAAAGUGUUUGGUCGUUGGUAUGCGCGAUGGAAUUGGGUUUGAUAUCGGAUACCACCGCCUCUCGUAACAACGAGAUCUCGUUUCGCCCGAUAUCGGAAGUCGCGAGCAAAUCAUCAUCCUCCUUACGGAUCUCGCCGCGGUUUCGAAAGAAACGAGCCAACGUAGGAGGAGGAAGAGGAAGAAGAAGGAAACGAGCGUCGAAAUCUGGGAAAAUGAAUGGGAAGAGGAGGAAGAUGUACGCGAACGAUUCAACGAUCACCGUGGAUCAAUUUUGGAGAUCGCGUAAAAGAAAACUCGGCCGACCGAAGAAACAACGUUCCGCCGAUCUACUCUCCUCGUCGUUCGAUCGUCGUCCGAUUUUGUCCGAUUCGUGUCGAUCGACUCGCUCGCGCUCCGCCAACAAUAACAACAAUAACAAUAAUAGCAAUAACAGCAAUAACAAUAACAAUAACAAUAACAACAACAAUAACAACAACAACAACAACAACAACAACAACAACAACGUCCUUCUCGUCGGUACGGACGCUCCACGUUUCGAGCGACGAGUAUCCCGCGACGAUAACGGCGCGUGGAAAAGUUCGAGAAAAAGUGUGCUUCACGAAAAAACGAACGACGAAAAUACGAUCGAGAAUGUUGUAACGCGUUCUAACGGGAAGAGAUUCGAGUCGAAAGUUAAGGAGGACGAGAAUCGGGACUCGAAGAAAUUCGACGAAAUUCACACGCUUCCUUUGAUGAAGAGAAUUUUUCGCGAGAGCGGUGUUGUUUACGGUGUUGAGAACGAGAGAAAAGAUGGCCGUCGAGAUACGACGGACGAGAAGUGGACGGUUCACGAGGCUGGAAAGAAAGAUUCCGUGAAAAAAGUUUCCUCCUCCGAGAGGAAGAGGGUUCGAGAGAAAAUGUUGAAAGGUAACGAGGAAAAUCUGGAGGUGAGAAGAGUGACGCGAGGAUCGAUGAAAAUUGGGAAGGAUCUGUCCGUCGGCAAAUUGGUGUGGGGCUAUUGCGCGGGAUGGUGGCCAGCGUUAAUUAUCGAUGCCGACCAUGUAGGAAUGUUGUCCGAGGAAGGGAAAUUAUGGGUUUACUGGAUCGGAGAAGCUCGUAUAUCAUUAUUGAACGAAAAGACGCAGAUCGAACCGUUCUCGUGUAACCUCAAGGCUAGACUGACGCAGAAUUUAAACGUACCGCGAAUUCGUGCCAUUGACGCAACUAUGCAGAUGUUGCGCAAAAAAUUGGGCGGUAUUUUGACCAAACCGUAUUUCACGUGGAUCGAAAGCAAUUUCCCCAAAAAUAUGAUCGAAAUGUUGGACGAAAUCAAGUUUUAUCCGUAUCCGGUAAAAAUGCAACAAAGAUUGGACCAUCUUAGAGAAAAAAACGCAAAAGUAACGGAAAGAUAUUUAUUGGAUCAAAAACGAGAAAAUCAAGAGAGAAAACUGGCCGAGAAGUCGAAAGAUUCGCCGCAAAAAGUCAACGUAGAUUUGACGCUUUUGCCAUUGAAAGAACAGAAUCCAGGAAUUAUAGCCUGGGCUAAAAUUGCCGGGCAUAAUUGGUGGCCAGCGAUGAUUAUCGAUUAUCGCGAUUGUUGCAUGCGAGAACCAACGUUCGGUUGCCAAUGGAUUAUGUGGUACGGUGACUACAAACUGUCAGAGGUGCAUCACCAAUUGUUUUUGAGAUUCGACAAGGGAAUGGAAAAAAUGCGGGAGUACACGAACAACACGAAAAAACAUAUUUAUCUCGUCGGUGUUCUUCAAGCCUCGAAGGACUAUUGCUCCCGCCUAGGAUUCGAAACCGUCAACUGGACUUUGGACGACGCGUUCGAAUAUUUUUCCAAACCUAAUCAUUACGAAACGUCGUCCAUUUCGAGAAGAGAAGAUUCGGUUAAAAUCUAUGACAAAUAUUCGCCCCGUAUCGCGGAAAAAUUGAACGAAUUGAAGGAUAAUCCGAAUGUGGACGACGAACGGGCGAAUGAUAUAAACAACAGCGAUGAUUUGCGAUUGGCUAUAAGCGGAGAAAUCUCGUUCGAUUCGUUGUGCCUAAAGUGUCUGCGAGUUUCCAACGAUAAAAUGGACAUUCAUCCGUUCUUCGAGGGAUCUUUGUGCAAAGAUUGUUCGGAACGAUAUAAACCCUGUAUGUUCGUUUUCGGUAACGACUCCAAAUGCUUUUAUUGCACGGUGUGCGCCGCCUCUGGGAUGGUGAUCAUCUGCGACAAAGAAGAUUGUCCAAGGGUUUACUGUACCGCUUGCAUGAAACACCUCUUAUGCCCGACGACUUACGAGCAAGUGCUCCAAGAGGAUCCUUGGGAAUGCUUCCUCUGCAAGUCUCGAUCGUUCACCGACACGAUCGUCAGACCUCGAACUAAUUGGAAGGACAAGAUAAUUAAUAUGUUCCGUACGAGUUGCGAUUCAAAUGCGCAACACUUGGUUGCAAAGCACAAUUCAGAGAAGAGAAAAAUACGCGUUCUCUCCCUGUUCGAUGGCCUUGGUACAGGUUUACUGGUGCUUCUGAAAUUGGGCUUCACAGUGGACGCCUACUACGCGAGCGAGAUCGAUCCAGACGCGUUGAUGGUUACCGCCUCGCAUUUCGGCGACCGUAUCCUUCAAUUAGGCAACGUAAAGGAUAUCACGAGCAAGACGAUUAAAGAGAUAGCGCCUAUCGAUCUUCUGAUCGGCGGAUCGCCGUGCAACGAUCUCAGUUUGGCCAAUCCGGCGCGGCUCGGGCUCCACGAUCCGAGGGGAACCGGUGUACUCUUCUUCGAGUAUCGUCGAAUUCUGAAACUGGUGAAGAAACUUAACAACGAACGACAUUUGUUUUGGUUGUACGAAAACGUCGCCUCGAUGCCCAGCGAGUACAGAUUGGAGAUUAACAAACAUCUAGGACAAGAACCCGAUGUGAUAGAUUCGGCAGAUUUUUCACCUCAGCAUAGAUUGAGGCUCUACUGGCAUAAUUUCCCGAUAGAACCACACUUGUUACCGUCCCAAAGGGAGCAGGACGUGCAAGAUAUACUUACGCCACAUUGUCAACGUUACUCGCUCGUUAAAAAGAUACGUACCGUCACUACGAAAGUAAAUUCGUUAAAGCAGGGCAAACUUGCAUUGAAACCAAUUUUGAUGAAAGACGAAAGUGACUCCUUGUGGAUAACCGAAUUGGAGGAAAUAUUCGGAUUCCCUCGUCAUUACACGGACGUAAAGAAUUUAUCGGCUACGAAACGACAGAGAUUAAUAGGUAAAUCUUGGAGCGUGCAAACAUUGACAGCCAUUUUCAAAUGUCUUUGUCCCUUUUUCGAGCGCGAUAUCGUGGAAGCGAAAGAUGAAUCGUAACGCAGUUGGAGAAAAAGAAGAAAAUGAUGAUGGACCGAUCAAACCUAAACGGAUUUAUUCAAAAGGUGAUUAAAGUGAGAGACAAAUAUAUCUAAUUAAUCGUUUCUUUUAUCCUCCUCUCCCUCCCUUCCCUCCCUUCUCUUCCUUUUAACCAUUUUAUUUUCAACCAUUGUUACAGUUAAUGAAAAGAAAAACAAAACGAA